AUGAUCCGUAAUAAGACAGCUAAAGCUAUUGGAGAAAACUUACAUGAGUUAAGGCACCUUGAACUAAUUGGAAACACCAUGACAAAUAUUGGGUUGGAGGCGAUUCUGGAUGGUUGUUGUUAUCUUGAAUCACUUGACUUGCGUCAGUGCAUGUACAUAAAUCUCAAGGGGGACAUGGGGAAAAGAUGUUCAGAAAAUAUUAAAUAUCUAAAGCUACCUGAAGAUUCUGUUGAAGGAUGUCUAUACAUUAGUGAAAGUGAUAUGUUCUGCGUGAUAUGUGAAGAAGAAUUUACUUAUUACGAUGACUUGCAUGGUAUCGAUGGUGAAGAUUGGACUGUCUAUGAUUGCGAAGAUUAUUGA